CUAGUUUUGUUAUAUAGAGAAGGCCAAAGCCGCUGUUCCAAUCUCUGGAAGCAAGCUCAACAACCACCCCAAAACCCUCAUCCCAAUCAAAGCCUCUCAAAAUGCUUCUCACCAAUAUCGUGGUUCUCCUGGCCGCGAAUCUUGCCACGGGCGCUGCUGUCGCCGUAGGCACCUCGUCAGACGUGAUCAACCUCGACGCCACGGACCUCCAGCGCCGUGCCGCUUGCGCCGUGCCCGGCGUCGUCAACGGCCAAUGCGGCCGGUACUACCGCGGUACCGGCUGUAGCGACCAAAUCGGAGCAAUCGGACCCGGUAGAUGCAGCGGACAAUGCUACUCCUCCUCCGACGCCAUCGCCAGCCUCAGAGCCGUCGGCGACGGGACCUACGGGACCAACUGCCACCUGUACUAUGACAGCAAUUGCCAAAACCAGAUUGGCGAGACUGGAAACGCUAUUGUUGGUAGCGGGAAGUGUUACACGCCUCCGAGCGGGCAGACUGGGCAUAGUUUCUUGUGCUGGUACAGGUGCUAGUCGCAGUCAAGGCGAACUGGGAUCGGGCCAGAAUGAUGGGAUCAUGGUGUUUUAUUUUAGAAGACUGCCGAUAGGAAGCUUGCGAGGAACACUGAAAAUCUCUUGGUGCUGAACUCACUUCGAAUUGCCAGGAGGUUCCAGCUUAGCCUCAAUAAUCUUGCGACGCACGGCUGUAGUGUGCCUAUGUUGAUCACUUCGAGAUGAGAAAGCUGCAUGACGAAGAUUCUAGAGUUAUUAACAAAUCUGAGUUCCGAUAGAUCGCGGUGAGACCAGGAGAUUGUCGAUUUCCAUUAGCGACUGAUUGGGUCGAGCGAUUAUCGUCACACUACAAUAUUUGCGAG